AAGAUCGGUUGCAUAACAACAUUUUCAUUAUCACACCUCUAUUAUAAACCCUCUCCCCCUAUAUAUAUAUAUAUAAAUAGACCAAGAUCGUUCGCGUAACAACAUUUCAUUGCCAUAUAUCUACAAACCCUCUCCCUCUUAUAAAAGCAGAUAUACCAAGAUCGUUCGUGUAACACGUACCAUCAUCACACAGAAACAGCGAUACAGUGGGAUUCUUCCACAAAUACAAGCUUAACCAAACGCGUUUUGAGAGAAUGGCGUUGGGGGUGGCGUCGCAAUCGCUGGCAGAUGGGAUGGCGGGGGAGGCGGCGGGGACAAACCGAGGGCACACGAAACGUUGCCUUGAGAAGUACACUGAGAAGGGGAGAAGGCUGAUGAAGUUAAACCAGUUGAUGGAUGAGAUGGAGAUGGUUAUUGAUGAUGUAACCCAAAGACAGAAGCUCUUGGAGGGUGAUCUUGGCAAGAUCUUGUGCUUCACUCAGGAAGCUGUGGUGAUACCUCCGAACGUAGCGUUUGCGGUGAGAGGAAACCCAGGCAGCUGGGAACAUGUGAAGGUUAACGCUUCAAAUCUGUCGGUCGAGCCUCUCUCGAGCACGCAAUAUCUCAAACUCAAAGAGCAGCUAUUCGACGAAACUUGGGCGAAGGAUGAAAAUGCAUUGGAGGUUGAUUUCGGAGCUUUAGACUUCACUCUUCCUCGCCUUUCGCUCUCUUCCUCGAUCGGCAAUGGCCUCGGUUUCGUCUCUUCGAAGCUCAGCGGGCGUUUGGACGACAAUGCUCAGCCGCUCGUGGAUUACUUGUUGUCACUUGAACACCAAGGAGAGAAACUUAUGAUCAACGAGACAUUGCACACUGCGUCGAAGCUUCAGAUGGCUUUGAUCCUCGCAGACGUUUUCCUCUCGGAACUCCCCAAGGAAACUCCCUAUCAGGCCUUUGAACUCAGGUUCAAGGAAUGGGGAUUCGAGAAGGGGUGGGGAGACACAGCAGAGAGAGUGAAGGAGACAAUGAGGGUCGUGUCGGAGAUCCUUCAAGCCCCGGAUCCUCGGAACACGGAGAGAUUCUUCAGCAAGAUUCCGAGAAUCUUAAACGUCGUGAUCUUCUCGGUUCAUGGAUACUUCGGGCAAACCGACGUGCUCGGUUUGCCUGAUACCGGCGGUCAAGUUGUGUAUAUUCUUGACCAAGUCAAGGCUUUAGAGGAUGAAUUGCUUCACAGAAUCCAAUCUCAAGGGCUCAAUUUCAAGCCUCAGAUUCUUGUGGUGACAAGAUUAAUCCCGGAGGCAAAGGGUACAAAAUGUAACGAAGAACUUGAACCCAUCUUCGGCACAAAACAUUCAAACAUUCUCCGGAUUCCAUUUGUUACAGAAAAUGGAAUUUUGCGGAAAUGGGUUUCUCGGUUUGAUAUCUACCCUUUUCUCGAGAGAUUCACGCAGGAUGCGACAGCAAAGAUAUUGGACAUUAUGGAAGGAAAACCAGAUCUAAUAAUAGGAAAUUACACCGAUGGAAACCUUGUGGCCUCACUCAUGGCCAAUAAACUCGGGGUUACUCAGGCAACAAUUGCGCAUGCCUUGGAGAAGACAAAGUACGAGGACUCAGACAUCAAGUGGAAAGAGUUUGAUCCGAAAUACCAUUUCUCAUGUCAAUUUACUGCAGACUUGAUCUCUAUGAACGCCGCAGAUUUCGUUAUUGCCAGCACUUUCCAGGAAAUCGCUGGAAGCAAAGAGAGACCGGGACAGUAUGAGAGCCACAUGACAUUUACACUUCCGGGGCUAUACAGAGCGGUUUCCGGCGUGAGUGUCUUUGAUCCACGCUUCAACAUUGCCUCUCCCGGCGCCGAUCAAUCCAUGUAUUUCCCGUUCACCGAUCAAAACCAGAGACUGACCAAAUUCCAUCCCGAAAUCGAAGAACUCUUGUACAGCGAGAACGAUAACGAGGAACACACUGGUUACUUGGAGGAUAAGAAGAAACCGGUAAUCUUCUCAAUGGCGAGAUUCGACAUGGUUAAGAACUUAACCGGCUUAACCGAGUGGUACGGCAAGAACAAGAGGCUUCGAGACUUGGUCAACCUCGUGAUCGUUGGAGGGUUCUUCGAUCCUACGAAAUCGAAAGAUAGAGAAGAGAUGUCAGAGAUCAAGAAAAUGCACUCGUUGAUCGAAAAAUACCAACUCAAGGGUCAAUUCAGAUGGAUUGCUGCUCAAAAAGAUCGCAUAAGAAACGGCGAACUGUACCGUUGUAUCGCCGACACAAAGGGUGCUUUCGUUCAGCCUGCGUUAUACGAAGCCUUUGGCCUUACAGUUAUCGAAGCCAUGAACUGUGGACUAGUCACUUUCGCAACGAACCAAGGCGGUCCGGCUGAAAUUAUCGUUGACGGCGCCUCCGGCUUCCACAUUGAUCCAAACAACGGCGAAGAAUCGAGCAACAAGAUUGCGGAUUUCUUCGAGAGGUGUAAGAUUGAUCCUAGUCAUUGGGAUCAGUAUUCGGCUGCAGGGCUUAAACGCAUCAACGAAUGCUAUACAUGGAAGAUAUAUGCAAACAAAGUGAUAAACAUGGGAAGUACAUACAGCUUUUGGAGACACUUGAACAAGGAUCAGAAGCUAGCAAAGCAGAGAUAUAUCCAAUCUUUCUACAAUCUCCAAUUCAGAAACUUGGUGAAAACUGUGCCGGUCGCGAGCGAUGUUCCUCAGCCGCCGCCACCUCCUCCAAAGCCUGUGGUGAAACCUCCAACCACCAGAAGUGCCAAGCGAACACAAUCUCGAUUCAGCAGCAGGCUGUUCGGGGCUUAAAGCGGAUACCAAGAACUUUCAUGGAAGUGCGCGAUUGCCAUGUUUAAACGUCUCGGGUCGAUUUCUUUCGCGUUUAAUUUGUGUGCUCAUUCGAGGGAAUAAAAAGUAACGAUGUGAAUGAAAAACCUCAAAUAAUAUAAAUAAAAUAUGUGUGAUGUUAUCAUUA